AUGACGGAGACUCGAAAGGGCCCUGGAGCCUCUCUGCUGAGAUGCAGCUCUGUGCUGACGGGCUGCGGGGAGAGGCGGCAAAUACGGAGCCUCGCCUGCAGUCAAGGGGGGGAGCCAAUCUGCGGACAGGGCUGUCUCCAGCGCGCCGGACACUCAGAGCAGGGCAAGCUUCAGCGGGCUCACCUGCAGAACGUCGCUAGACUUGGCUUAAGGCUCUACAACUUUGUCAUCUUGAAACUCUUCAUCAUUUUUCCAGCAAAGGAUCUUGCAUCGGGCCAUUGUACGGCCGGGGUGCACCGCCUGUCCUCUUGCCCCAUCUGUGCCUUCCGGGCUUCUGGCUGUGUCAAGGUGCUGGAUCGUAGCAAGGCCAGGGGUCAGCUGGGUCGGGGUGGGGUCAGCUGCGGCAGCAGGGGGCACCGAGCCUCAGAACAGGGCUGCCAGUCGGUCCGGAAUUACGUCAACCCCUCGCCAAUUGUGAUAGUCCCCCCGGGCCGCGGCGAUGGGCUGUGGUGCCCUGACCGCAGCUGCCUGGCGUCACUCCCACCCCAAGGGGCUGGCUGUCUCUACAAGGCCCCUUUCUGA